GCGUUAAUUAAUUACUCUGUACUUGGCCAAAGCCAGAAGAGCGACGAAGAGUUAAGUGGGCGAAAUUUUUUAAGUUGCAGAGUGGGAGGGGGGAAAGAAAGAGAGAGAUACGGAGAGACAAAGUUCAUAAAAGUGAGAGAAAAAGAGUUUUUUUAUAUUAUUUGUUAGCUUUCUUCACCAAUCGGAUAGCAGACGAGCCUCUGGAGUUCAGGCUGUCUAGGAUUUAUGACCCGCAAGCCAGCUUCUAAGAAGUGCUUGGCAUAUCACACUUGAUUUUCUUACCUGGAUUCGCAAUUGUUUGUCACUAUGGGUGGCUGUGUAUCAACACAUCGAGCGCACAAAUACCGAAGGCAUUCUAUCACAUCCAAAAAACGGCGUGGAAAGGUUUCUGCCACAGUGCUGGAUGCACCAAAAACCAGGAUUAGCAAUGCCGGAAACCGUUAUACACUCGGCGAGUUUGUUCAUGUAGAAACCUCAGCAUCAACUCGAAGAAAAUCCGAGGUGUCCAACUUAACUGUUCAUCUCACCCAAUUGCAAUGGCACCACAGCAAGAUAGAUUCAGAUGUGAUAUGCCAAGAUGACGCAUGGUUUGAUUCUGUAAGCAUCCUAGAAUCAGAAUCUGACGAUGAUUUCAGUAGCAUCCAUGGAGACAAUUUAUCCCCUGCAAACGAUGCAAUCACAAGGCAGAUGAUCCAUUAUGAAAAUGCUGCGCGUUCUGUAAAUGCGGUUUGUAAAUUUGAGGACGAUUGUAGUCCUGUUACUUUAGCAGUAGAGCAUUACUUUAAAGGAGAUGGUUCUAAGACAGAAGAACAUUCUUAUUUAGAUGAAUGUAGAGAUGGCAGGGACAAAACUACGAGCCAGCAAAGAAACGAGAUUUCUGACAGCCAACUCAAUAAAAUAUAUCCCAGAAGGAAAGUAGUUUUAGAUGGGAAUUUUGGUAAUUUAAUGGGUUUACUGGAUGAUAGACAUAUUGAUGAGGGGAGGAAAUCCACAGAGAACACAUUGAAGCAGUUGACAUCUUCUUGCCUACCUCGAUUAGUUCCUUCUGUCAAUUUUAAUGAUAAGUAUCAAGAGAUUCCAGCUGUAAGCUCCCCAGCCCCGAAGAGAAAAUCAGCAGUUAUAAGGCUUUCAAUCAAGAGAAAAUCUUAUGAUGGAGAAGAAACCACUGAGUUUUGUGCUUCAAAAAGAUUCUUGUAUCAUCCUAUAGCAGGACUUUUAAUCCCUUGUUCAUCAGGGGAGAAGCUAACACAAGGUUGUUGGUCUAUCCUGGAUCCUUCAAACUUCAAGCUUCGUAGUGAGAGCUAUUUCAGGCAUGAACUACCAAAACUACCGGACAAGAAAAAAUGCUGUGCACCAAACCAUGCGCCUUACACCCCAUUUGGUGUAGAUUUAUUUAUGUGCCCAUGUAAAAUUCAUCACAUUGCUCAACAUGUCAAGCUUCCUUCUCUCAAAUCCAACGGCAAAGUUCCUUCUCUUCUUAUUGUAAAUAUUCAGCUCCCUACUUAUCCUGCUGCCAUGUUUCUUGGCGAUAGUGAUGGAGAAGGGAUGAGCUUAGUACUAUAUUUUAGAAUUGCUGACAAUUAUGAGAAGGAGAUCACUCCAACUUUCCAGGAUAUGAUUAGUAGAUUUAUAGAUGAUGAGGUAGAAAAGGUUAAGGGAUUUCCCAAAGAUUCUACUGUUCCUUAUAGGGAAAGACUAAAGAUAAUGGCUGGUGUUGUCAAUCCAGAGGAUCUCCUUUUGAGUGCGACAGAAAAGAAGCUUGUAUGUGCUUAUAAUGAAAAGCCAGUGCUCUCUCGACCUCAGCACAAUUUUUUCAGGGGUCCUAACUACUUCGAGAUUGAUCUGGAUAUUCAUCGCUUUAGCUACAUAUCAAGAAAGGGUCUCGAAGCAUUUCGAGAGCGCUUGAAGCAUGGUAUACUCGAUUUAGGUUUAACAAUUCAGGCUCAGAAGCAAGAGGAGCUACCAGAGCAUGUGCUUUGUGCUGUUAGGCUUAACAAGAUAGAUUUCAUUAAUCACGGGCAGAUACCUACAAUUAUGACUCUUGAUGAGAAGUGAUCUAUUGGCUGUAUUCAUAUUCUUAUAAUGAAAAGAGACUAAUCCUUGGAAUAGGAGACAGAGAUAUAUAGAGCUGGGAGGCUGAAGCUUUUUGAAGAAGCAUCUUCUACAUGCUUCUGUUGAUAAAUGAAUUAAGAGAGAGAUAAUAUAACAAAAUAUAUCAGAUUAAGGCUUCGUUUGGGACGGCUUUCUUACUGCUUCUUAAAGUAAUUUUUUAGUACAAAAAUCUAAAAAACUAUUUUAUGAAGCAGUAAGAAAGUCGCCUCAAACUAAGCCUAAGUCUGUCUGCCACUCACUUUGUAGUUGUUCCAUGAAUGAUUGAUACAAAGAAAGGUCGCUGGAUAUUGAAUAAACUAAGGGAUAGAAUGGCAAAUGAGCUGAGGCAAAUCAAUUUUUGAUAUGUUUAAGCACAA